UUCUAUCGUACACUACAAUUAUGGAAAGUAAAUUAAAUAAAUCGCGUUCGUCACGGCGGUGAUUAUUCGCGUUAAAAUCGCAAUCGUCGCCUAUCAUCGUAUGCAUACUACUUAAAUACGACCGGUUGAGACACAGUGACUGUACACGAAAGAUGAAUCAGUUACAAGCAACUACUAUGCUGCUAGUGGUAUCGGUGGUGACAGUGGCGGCAAAAGUAGUAACAGCCACUGGACAACUUGAACAGAUGUCAACUCAACGAUCAGAUUGGUUUCAGGGUUGUAAUGCAACUGAGUGGCCAAAGUGUAUGGCUCAAAGUAUAGCCAGGACGUUUAGGAUGCUGGAACAGUCGGACACGUUGCAAAUAGCCAACGGCGUGCGUCUGGUCAAGACCACCCCCACAACGAUCGACAGAUCGACCAAGUAUGAAAAUUAUACUUUCGACAUAAUCAACAGAAUGGUUUCAUUCAUCAAUAGUCAUUCAUUGCAAAUUGAUCUAUGGACACCUGAUAAUAAUGCCAUCACCGAAGGGCGCAGACGUCACGCUUAUCGAAAGGUGUUCCCUAUCAUAGUGGGCACGUACAUGAUCAUGUCGGCCAUUCUUAUUCCAAUGGGCUUCAUGUUCAUGUCCACACUGGGUGGCAAAGCACUAUUAGUCAGCAAAAUGGCACUCAUGGUAUCGCUAAUGAGCAACAUCAAAAAGAUAUUCUCGUACGAGUACUACGUCCCGCCAGCACCUCCGGCCGGUCACCACCACUGGAAGCGGACGCUUUUGGCACACCGCACCACCGCAAGUCCGCUAUACUCGUCGUACACAACAUACUGAAAUCGCAAUAAUACCACAAAUAUAUACAAUAAGAUUUCAAACGGCAUUUAGCGAAAUAAGCCCAUAUGAAAUUCGAUCCUCCGAAUUAUAAUAAUAAAUAGGUAUUAUUUAUGUCUUGAAAAAAGUUUGUGUUAAUAAUUUAUUAUGAUUUACAUGUUAUUCUAUAAUAACCAUAGAUAAGUGAUACAUUCGUAAAAUAUUGUACAACGUAUGCGUUAAAACUAUUUAUUUUAUUUAUUGUCAAUAUAUUAUGGAGUAAACGAUUUUAUAUAUUGCAAAAAAAUGAACAUGUUGACGUUUGAUUGAAUUGCAACCGUGAGUAUAUAUUAUGUAAAUAAUAUACACUUAUUUUUGUUUAUUUUAUUAUACACUUACAUAAAUAUCGAUCUUGUAAGUGACCACUUGCUUAUUGCGUUAGAUUCUGCGAGUACCUCUAAGUAAAAUGUGACAAUUGAAUCUUUUUCAAAUGGUUAUAAACUGCGAUAAAACACUCUACACGGUAUAUUCCGAAAACCCAUAAAUUGCAUACCUAUAUAGUAUACAUAAUCAUAGUGUAAACUAGCAAACUACAAUAAAAUAUGUACUAUAUUAAUUAGUUAUUUUUAUAGUAACAACUUAUAACUUAUAAAGGUGAAUGAGAGUCAAGUGAUUUUUAUUAGCAUAUUAUAUUUUAUAUAGGAUACCAUAAUUAGUCCUCGAAGGAACAAAAGUAAAUGCCCUCA